AAAACCUCUUUAUAAGAACAAAAAUAAACCAACAAAUUCUUCAGCUUUCGCUCAUAACUUCUUCGUUUCCCAACAAACCGACAAAUAAAUUCGCGCAGGAGAACGGCGAUCCAGCGGAGCAUCUGAGUAGAAAUCGCUGCAACGAUCGUGGUUAUGGCGGCGUCGAAGAGCUACUACGCUCGAACGAGCAACAGAUUCCUUCCGACGGAGCAGUCCUUGCUAAACGAGUCGAUGAUCUUCGAGCUCGACGAAUCGGAGGUUUGGAACUCCACCGCCGUCGCGCAGUCGCCGGAAGUGCGCAAAUCGAGCUCCAGAGUCUCCAGGAAGGCGUCGGCGAGAGGAGUACGCGCCGCUCCUUCUUCGCUACCGGUGAACGUACCUGACUGGUCGAAAAUACUGAAGAACGAGUACCGAGAGAAUCGCCACGGCGGUUGGUACGAGGAGGAGGAGGAGGAGGAGGAGGAGGAUUUGGCGGUGGUUGGGAAUCGGAUUCCGCCGCACGAGUUCCUGGCGAGGCAGAUGGCGGCGACGCGGAUCGCGUCGGCGUCGGUGCACGAAGGAAUCGGUAGGACUCUGAAAGGUAGGGAUCUGAGUAGAGUUAGAAACGCGAUUUGGCAGAAAACUGGAUUUGAGGAUUGAUUGAUUGAUUGAUUUUGGUGAAUCGAUUUGAGUUUCUCCUUCGGCUUCAGGUUGUGAUUUCGAAUUUCUGCUGUUUUGACCUAAUUAAGCAUCUUUUUGGUUAUGAAUAUGAAUGGUAUGGUGAUAAUUUGGGGGUACUGUAGUUUAAUUAAUUAGUGUAGUGCAGGAAGAACAAAAGCCUCAGUUUUUUGAAUUUUGUGUGUAGUGUUGUGAUCGAUCGAAUUGGAGCAAUAAUGAAGAAAUCAUUUCAUGA